UAUUUAUUCAGUAAUCCUCUAAUAAUAUUGAAAGAGCCUGUUUAUAAAUUUCAUAGUUGGUUAGAACCUAGGUUUUUUUCUUCUAAAAUUAUAAGUAUUUUUUUAAUAGUUUUCUUUUGAAUACUACAUUUUUUUUUCCUUGAGAGCCAACCACUUGGUUACAUAUAAUUGAUGUUUCUUAAAAAAUAAUGAGUAGAUGGUACAAUUAAAUUCUUACAAAAUUAAAAGGUCCGUUUCUUGUGACGUGCAUAUAUACAUGGAUCAUAUAUAUUUAUAUUAAUGACAAAAAAGAAUGGCAUAUAUGCAUGUAAAUGUAAUGCAUGUAUUAUAUAUGUUUAUAAAUAGUGGCUAACAGAAGUACUACGUACCCAAAUCACAAACCAAAACAAUUAAAAAGAUUUUCUUAUAUUUUUAUACGUAAUGGCGACUGAAAUUAGGCUUCCUAUUAUUGAUUUUUCAGUUGAACAGGUGCUUAAACCGGGUACACCCGAGUGGAACACGAUAAGGACCCAAGUCCGCAAAGCACUGGAAGAAUUUGGUUGUUUCGAGGCAAAGUUUGAUAAAAUUCCAAUAGCCAUUCGAAAGGGCUUAUUUGAGGCAGUAGAAGAACUUUUCGAUCUUCCUUUACAAACCAAACAACGAAACAUUUCAAAGAAACUGUUUCAUGGCUAUGUGGGUCAAUACCCACCUCUGCCUUUGUAUGAAAGCAUUGGAAUUGAAGAUGCCAAUAUUCCUGAAAAUGUUGAAAUUUUCACUACUACUUUAUGGCCCAAUAAUGGAAACCCAACUUUUUGUGAAACCAUUCAAUCUUAUUGUGACCAAUUAUCUGAGUUGGAUGGAAUAAUAAGAAGGAUGAUUUUGGAGAGUUUGGGAGUUGAGAAAUACUUGGAGGAACACAUGAACUCCACCAACUACCUUCUUCGAGUGAUGAAAUAUAAUGGCCCUCAAACCAAUGAGACCAAGCUGGGUUUGACCGCUCACACAGAUAAAACCAUUAGCAGUAUUUUGUAUCAAAACCAAGUUGAUGGGUUAGAGGUUCAAACCAAAGAUGGCCAAUGGUUUGAUGUCAAACCCUCGUCAUCUCACUCUUUCAUCGCCAUGAUUGGAGAUUGUCUUUACGCAUGGGCAAAUGGAAGAUUGCAUUCUCCAACUCACAGAGUAGUGAUGAGAGGAAAUGAGGUAAGGUACUCGACGGCAUUGUUUUCGAUCCCAAAAGCAGGUUACAUAGUGAAAGCCCCUGGAGAACUUGUUGAUGAAGACAAUCCUUUGUUGUUCAAGCCCUUUGACCAUUUCAAAUUCAUUGACUUUUUUCAUACCCACGCUGGUCAAACAGCCCUAUCUGCUCUCCACUCCUAUUGUGGCAUGUGAUCAUCAUAUAUAUGAUCAUAAUAUAUUAUAAUUAUGAUUUGUGUGCUGUUUUUUCUUAAUUAUCUUCUCCAUCUACGUACAUAUAUAUAUGUAACACCAUUUGGAGAUAUUGUACUUUUAUGUUGAUUUCAAUAAUAAAACAUAUCAUAUAUGCAUGCAUGCAUGCAUGUUUGUUAAACAUUAAUAUGUGGCAAUAUUAUUAUAAUUAAAUUUCAAGGUAUAAAGU